GUCUCAGUUGCCAAAGAUCUUUUGCGCGGUGCGAUCGAAGACCUCUCGACUCGGUGCGGAUAUUUCUGGAACUGUUCCAGAUUCUCUAAGUACCGAAAAUCGGGAGCAGAAUCGAAAAAAAACAAGCAGCGAAAUAUGUGUGCGAAUUUGUUUUGGUUGCGUCUAAUUGCCUGCUUAGUUUUGGCAACUAGCAGUGUCGUCUGUUUUGAGACAAAACGCCUUUAUAGAGUGGGUAGAAGGAUCGAUGGAGACCAGCUCCUGGUCAAGGAUGUGCUCCACUCGCGUCCAGCCGGUGUCGGCGAACUUCCUCGAGUGACUUUCACCUACGAAAUUCAGGGACCGAUCAUUUGCAUCGAUAUCCUGUCGGAUGAAAACAUUUCGGCGGAGGUGAAAUUCAGCUUGGUAAACCGCCUGGUUGUGGGCGUUGUCCAAUUGGCGGGCAGUAAUCAAAGUGACGAUAAAACCACCGUUCCCCCAACCACAGAAUUCGAUGUGACCAUCAUGGUGUUUGGCCUUAAUGAAACGGCUACUAAUUUCAAUCCCUCUCUGGUCAUCAAUCCGGAUCAACAAUUUGAGGGCCUGCUGAGGCCCUACGAGGAAACCUAUUCGGAACCAGAUACCCAGUAUGUGGAGGUAUUCGACAACAAUAGACGGGAUGCUUUUGAGGUGGAUGAGGAGGAUAUGGAGGAUGUUUCCGAGGAUAUCGAAACGUAUACGGAUGGGCCGUUCGUGGAAGAUGAUUUCGAUAGGCCGGACAAGUCGAUUGAAAUUGGAAACAGGCAGGCGGGCGAUGAACUGCUCUAUGAAUGCUAUCAUACUUCUCCUGAUGACUCGCAACAGCCAAUGAACCGCACAGUGGUUUUCUACUACAUCGACACUUGCUCUAUAACAUACGUAAAGUUUGUCAUUUUUAAUCACUAUGCCAAUAGGAACACUUCAGAUGAGGAUUACUUACCGCCCGUGGCGGAGUACAGUCACUACUCGAGCGGAACUUUGAAGGCGGUAAUAACGGAUUUCGAUUCGAAGAACCUAUUUGUCCAGAUGUACAUCUACGGUUAUCGGGGACGCGAAGCGCCCACCAGUUAUGUGCCCUUUUUGCCGCUUCCUCAGUGGCAGAGGACCAUCCAGGAUUCCCGACCUGGACCGCCGCACCUGACCCCCCUGCAAACACUGCAGCUGCUUCUGCUGACCGGUCAAAUGACCACUCCGUCACCGGGAUCCUACAACGAGAGCUCGGAUCGCGAGGAGCAGCGGAGCAUUAAGCCGGAGGAGAUGAUGCUGGAGCGGGUCGGGGAUGGGUCUGGCAAUGAUAAUGAUAAUGACAACGAUAAUGAGGAUGAAAAGAACUCGGCCCUGCGACAGAUGAACCAAGGAAUGGUCGCUUGGCUGGGCCUGCUGCUCCUGAUCCUGCACAACUAGCAGCCGGAAUGGGGAAUCAUUAGUUAAUCCAUGGAAAGCUUUAUGAGUAGUCUUUAGUCCAACAUUCUGUGUAUUGUAUUUUACGAAAUAAACUUUUUGGCCUAAGCCAAGGCACACACAUA